AUGACACUUUCAACCCCAAUACGUCGUAUAGCUGUCAUCGGAGCUGGACCGUCCGGUCUUGCUGCGGUCAAGUACCUUCUUGCCGAGAAAUGCUUCGAGCGGGUUGAUGUCUUCGAGAAAAGAAGCUCUGCAGGCGGAGUCUGGAAUUACUGCCCGGGGACCCUGAAGGAGAAGCUGACCACUCCGGUGCCACAACUGGAUCCGAACAAGCCGCUCGAAGAGUCAUUAUGGUACUCGACAGGAGGCAACGACCGGUCUCGAGAGCCGGUCUUUGUGUCCCCGCUGUAUAAGACACUGGACACUAACAUCCCCAAAGAGAUGAUGGGAUUUCAUGACAAAUCUUUUGAGCCCGACUCACAGGUGUUUCCGAAGCACUCGGCCGUAAAGAAAUAUCUGGAUGAGUAUGCCGAAGACAUCAAAAAUGUCAUACAGUUCGAGACGCAGGUGGUGGAUGUGCGGAAGACGGAAGGUGCUCUCCAUGCUUGGUCUCUCACAACUAAGAACCUCCGUGAAGGAAUUGAGAGAACGCACUCAUACGAUGCUGUAGUGGUCGCUAGUGGCCACUUUGAUGUCCCAUAUACCCCUGAAAUUCCUGGGAUUCAAACCUGGAAUUCGGCAUAUCCAGAUGUGAUCUCUCAUUCGAGGCUCUUCGAUUCGGCAGAGCCGUUCCGAGACAAGAAGGUCAUUGUUGUCGGAACUUCGGCAUCUGGAUUAGACAUUGGCAAUCAGAUCAACGAAGUGUCCAAGGGGAAACUGCUGGUAUCUCAACGAACAGAGACCCCUCUGGCAUCUGCUGCUUCGGAAAAGAUUUAUCUUCCAGAAAUAGUGGAAUUCUUACCGCCUCAUGCACACAACAGAGCGGUCCGCUUUGCAAAUGGUCACAUCGAGCAAGACAUUGAUGCCAUCGUCUUCUGCACUGGCUAUCUCUACUCCUUCCCUUUCCUCUCGUCAUUGAACCCACCUCUGAUCACCGAUGGCCGCCGCACUCUGAAUGUGUACCAACACCUGUUUUACAUCUACGACACAUCUCUGGUCUUACCUGCACUGCCACAGAGGGUAAUUCCGCUCCCACUUUCGGAGAACCAGGCGGCGGUGUUCGCCCGUGUUUGGUCGGGAAGGCUUAGCCUUCCACCAAAGGAGGACAUGAAAGCUUGGGAGGAAGCAAACAUUGCCAAAAAGGGCAACGGGACAUCAUUUCAUUUGCUACCUUUCCCGCAGGAUGCGGACUACCACAACUUCUUGCAUGACUGGGCGGCGACGGCGCCACCCCGGCAAGGUCUUGACAAUAACGGUGCUGGGAAGCUGGGUAGUUAUUGCGGUGAGAGGCAAAGGUGGAUACGGCAAAGAAUGUCUGAGAUCAAGCGGGUAUUUGCAGAGAAGGGCGAGGAGCGAAGCUCUAUCAAGAGCCUAGAGCAACUUGGCUUCGACUAUGAUAAGUGGAAGGAGCAGGAGGGAUCUCGAGACGCUCGAUUGUGA